AUGUAUUUAAAAUAAUUUAUAUUAUUAUUAAUUAAUAUAUAUUAAAAAACAUUUUUUUUUAUUAUUUUAUUUAAUUUUUAUGCAAAAAUUUAUAGAGAAUUUCAAUUAUCUUAUUACAAUUUUUACUUAACAUUUAAAUUUUUAGAAAUUUUUAAAAAUAUCUAAUUUACUUUUAAAAUUUAAUUUAACCCAUUAAAUAUUUUUAUAAAAUAAAGUUUUUUCAUAAAAAAAAAUUACUUAAAUAUUUUUAAAUAAUAAUAAUAUAAUAAUUUUUUAAUAAUUUUAUUUGUAUAUUAAUAAAAAUGGAAUCAACAAGAUCAAGACAGAAAAAUAAUAAGAUAAACUAAGAAAGGGCAAAAAGUUUAUUUUCAUCUUCAAUAAGUAUCUAAUUAAAGUCAUUAAAUAUAAACAAGAAUUUGUAUUUAGAAAGCGAAAUAAUCUAAAAAGAUUAAAAAAAAGUUCAAUUAAAAUAGAACUAAAUAAUUAAAAAGUAUUAAAAUAAAUAACAGAAAAAAAGAAGCAAAAUCAACAAAAAUAAAAAAAACCAAAAUAAUAAUAAUUAUAACAAGAAAAAUAAGAAUCAUAAAAAAAAAACAAAAAAAAACCGCAUUAAAAGAUUUACGUCCAGAAAAUUUAGAAUAAGAAAAAAUUACUUUUUUUUAACAAUAAUUUAAUUAUAAUCCUAAAUUUACAUAUAGAAUUUAGGAAAUUAUUUUAAAUUUUUAAAUUCCACAUACAAAAUAUUUUUCUUUAGCAUUGAAAAUAUUAAAUGCUGUUAUUAAAAAUUAUGGUUCUGAAGAUAGGUUUCAUGAAAUCGAUGGAGGCCCUUUAAUUGAUAUAAAUUUAACUUAAUUUCAUUUUUAAAAAUAUAUUAAAGAUUUAGAUUGCGAAAGUCUAGUAGAUUUUGACUUUGAAUAUAAUACAGUUUCUCCUACAAUAUGUUAGCAUUCGAAAGAUGGAAAAAGUAAAAUUAUUAUAGGGAUGCCAAUUAAUUAUAGACAAGACAUAAUAUAAGGAGUUUUAAAUCAUGAAAUAGGAACACACUUUUUACGAAAACAUAAUAAUAAAUUAUAAGUUUGGAAUAAAUAAAGAAAAAAAUACAAUUUAGAAUAAUCACAUAAAGUGGAAGAGGGAUUAGCUUUAAUAAAUUAAAAAUAUGAUAGUGCAUUAAAUCCAAAUAAACAACCGUACAUUUUUGGUGCAGCUCUAUUAUAUUAUGCAAGUGUUUAAAGUAGUAAAAUGUCAUUUUAAGAAUUAUUUAAGGAUUUGGAAAAAUACAUAAAAGAUCCUGAAAAAAGAUGGAGAGAAUGUGUGAGAGUAAAAAGAGGAAUUUUAGAUACUUAAUAGCCUUUGGGAAUGUAUAAAGACCAAAUAUAUUUAAUGGGUGUUAGAAGGGUAUUAAAAUAUAGAAAUUAGUGUGAUAUGAUAAGUUUACAUUCAGGAAAAAUAACUGUUAAAGAUUGUAUUAAAUUACAAUAAAAAGGAUUAAUAAAUAUUUAAAAUAUUAAAUUGCCAUAUUUUUUAAAAGAUUUAAAAAAUUAUCAUUAUGCUUUAGAUAGAAUUGCGGCUGUUAAUUUUAUGAAUGAUAUUUGA